GAGAGAGAGAGAGAGAGAGAGAGAGAGAGUAGUCUCCCCGAAGAUGGUGCAGCGUCUCACGUACCGCAAACGCCAUAGCUAUGCGACCAAAUCCAACCAGCACAGGGUCGUUAAAACCCCUGGAGGAAAGUUGGUGUACCAGAGCACUAAGAAGAGAGCCAGUGGGCCCAAGUGUCCUGUUACUGGGAAGCGAAUCCAAGGGAUUCCUCACUUGAGACCUGCUGAGUACAAGAGGUCCAGAUUAUCAAGGAACCGAAGGACUGUGAACCGUGCUUAUGGUGGUGUAUUAUCUGGAAGUGCUGUGAGAGAGAGGAUUAUCCGAGCCUUUUUGGUAGAAGAGCAGAAGAUUGUGAAGAAGGUUCUAAAGAUUCAGAAGGCAAAAGAAAAGCAGGCGACAAAGAGCUAAGAUGUUACAUUUAAGAUACUUCUGUUAAAAUGUGCUUGCAAGAAAUUUUGACUCAUAGGAUGAUUAUAAUUUGUGCACUAAAUUUAUUGUGAGAUGAUAAUUUUUGAAUUUAACUGGCAUUAUUUAAGUUUUUUUUUUUUAAUUUCUUCCUCCUGCCAAUUCUAUGCCCUUGUUUUAC